CAGAAACAACACAUUAGACAAGAAGUGGAAAAGAAUCUGUGUACUCACUAUACUGGCCUGUCAAGCAUCAGCAGCAGAGGAAGGGUUAACAAUAGUCUUUAAAGGAAGCCCCGUUCAGCAGCACUUCCACUAAAGACAAAUUAGAACAACCCUGGGAAUCUAUGAAGCACCGAUCUGUUGCCAAGGACGUUAGGAAUGAACUCCUCUACACUGCUCUUGCAAUCAUUUGGGAGAUGUCUUUAUUCCAGCCGACUGUCCCACCGAGUUUUUUUUCCUGCUAUUAAUUCAUACAAAUAGGUGACAUCUCUAACACUUGUUAUAAGGCAACGAGCAGCUGAAAAGGGAGAAAGCUAUCCAUAUGUGGUCUUCAUGUCGCAGCAGGCUGCUCCCCAGUGCUGACCAGGGAACUUGUGAAGAAGAAGAGGGACUGCAACAAAGCCACAAAGCAUUGAAGAGUGAAGAGGUUAAAGGAUGGACGUGGAAACCGAAGAACACGCCCAUUGCUUGUUGAUGUGAACAACGCACAGAGAAAGUUAUGAAAAUGCCACUGACCAAGAAACGUAGAGCGUGUUUAGCAGAGUGUCGGUCAUUCCAUGUGCUUACCCUGCUUCAGACGUGGUACAGGGAGGAGGCACUCCUCAUGAAAUGAUCUACUACAAUGAGGUGACUGCUACACAUUGCCCCCGCAGUAUGGAUAAUAAUGGACCUUUCACAUUUUGCUUUAUUACACAUAUCUUCUUUUAAUUAAACUCUCAAGAUGGACGUGUAUAAUGCAGGACUGCCAUCAAUCGCAUGCAAUGUUUCAUUACUGGAGGUGAAUGAAUCAUAUAAUUGCAAUGAAAGCUUGCCGAACAGCGGCCUUCUGGACAUCAACCGGCAUUAUUUCAUCGGGCUCGUCCUGUCAUGCCUCUACACAGUUUUGCUUUUCCCCAUUGGAUUUAUUGGAAACAUCAUGAUUUUGGUUGUUAACAUCAGUUUCCGAGAAAAGAUGACCAUCCCAGAUUUGUACUUUAUCAACCUGGCCGCUGCUGACCUGAUCUUGGUUGCAGACUCUCUGAUUGAGGUCUUCAACCUUAGCGAGAAAUAUUACGAUAUUACCAUACUGUGCACUUUCAUGUCUCUUUUUCUCCAAAUCAAUAUGUACAGCAGCAUCUUCUUUCUCACGUGGAUGAGCUUCGACAGGUAUAUCGCACUGGCCAAAGUGAUGAAAUCCAAUAUAUUCCGGACUAAAGAGCAUGCUCGGUUGAGCUGCGGACUCAUAUGGAUGGCGUCCAUAUCAGCCACCCUGCUGCCAUUUACUGUGGUACAAGUACAGCACACGGAGGAUGGGAAUUUCUGCUUUGCGGAUGUGAAAGAGAUCCAAUGGCUGGAGAUCACCCUGGGCUUCAUCAUUCCCUUUGCAAUCAUUGGCCUUUGCUACUCCUUAAUCUUCCGCAUGUUGAUAAGGGCGCACAAACACCGAAACCUGCGGCCAAGGCGGCAAAAGGCACUGAGAAUGAUUGUGGUGGUUGUCCUGGUGUUUUUCAUCUGUUGGCUACCAGAAAAUGUAUUUAUUAGUAUUGCACUGCUGAGCAGUGAUGACCAGCGGCAUAACCAGUCUUUCAGGCACAGCCACCCACUGACUGGGCACAUUGUGAAUCUGGCAGCAUUCUCCAACAGCUGCUUAAACCCACUCAUUUACAGCUUUCUAGGUGAAACCUUUAGGGACAAACUGCGCCUGUACAUCAAAGGCAAGAGGAGAAUGUCUGCUUUCAAUCGCAUCUGCCAAGUGUCGCUUAAAUCCGUCAUUCCUGAGAGCAGAGAGCAGUAUGAAGUUAAAUAUAACAGCAGUGUGUAAAUAAAUAUGUCAUCUUUUUUUAA